AUGGGAAAAUACCGGCCUCCUCCACGAGAGAAUCCACGCUCUGGUCAUCGUCCCGACUCAUGGCGUCCUGAGAACGGUCGCUAUCCAACAAGCCAUGGUGGCAACAGUUCACGGGAUCCCCGGCCGCCGGGUUCGUCUCCAUCUCGAGGUGCGGUUACCAAAACCAAACGUGAAAGAGUAACCAACCGGUCCACCCGCAUUCACUCCCUGCGCAACCUUUUGGCACGUGAUGCAUUGCCUGCCACUGUACGACAAGAGAAAGAACGAGAACUGGCGUCGCUUCUUCUAGACCAGCAAAAGGACCAAUUGGCAAAGGCGACCAAGAAGAAUCUGCAGCGAUAUCAUUUUGUCCGCUUCGUCGAGCGUCAGAAGGCAGAACGCACCCUCAAGAAACUGGUCAAACUCAAGGAAUCAGGCAAUUUCCCACAGACAGAAGAGUACAGACGGAAGCUGGAAAAGUCCAUACAUCAAGCCCAAGUGGACGUCAACUACACCAAGUAUGCUCCCCUGGGUGAAAAAUACAUCAGUCUCUUUGUCCAGGAUGAGAACGACAGAGACAAACACAAGACACAGAUGAACAGGAAAUCGUAUGCCAUCUUGACCGACUCACAAAAGGAGGAGUUGCAGCAGGUCGAAGACGAUUUGGCCAAUAUUAUCCGUAACGCAGCAGGGACGAAACCGCCGAUGUGGUAUGAAGUGGAGAAGUAUAUGCGGGAGGAUCCUGAAAAUUUGAAUGCCCUUCGUGAAGGAAAACUCACCAUGGGCAACAAGUUGGCCAAGGAACUCGCCACUGUGGGUGGAAAGGACGAUGCAGCCUUGCGGAAUUCAACAGCACAGCCAAUUGAAUCGAAACCCUCCUGGCUUGAUGACGAUGGUAUCAUCGAUCCAAAAGACCUGGAUAGUGACGAUGACGAGGAAAUGAGCGAUGGAGGAUUUUUCGAACGGUGA